AUAUACUUCCAAAUAUAUAACGUGGUUUCAAAAUAUUAUCUCUUCUUCGAAACUUGUUCGGCUCGUGUUCCACUGACUCUGACACAAACUCAUAUAAAUCUCAGAAAACCAGCGAAUUCUAUUGUUUUUUUUUGGUCCUAAAAUAUAGAAAACACCUGUCUUGUCUUUUUUUGGGGUUAAAUUUGUUUCUCCGGUGACUGAUUGUCGCCGGAUUAUUGCCCUGACUGACCAAUGGGAGAGGAGUAUUUGCAGCAGUUCCUGGUUGAGACCACUUUGUACAACAGCAUUGUGUUGGAAAAUCUUUUGCCUACCAAGCUGUGGGACCCACUUCCCCAUUUCUUGCAAAGUUGGCUGCGUGACUACAUCGCCGGGACUCUGCUUUACUUCAUCUCUAGUUUCCUCUGUUGCUUCUAUAUUUACUACUUGAAGCGCAAUGUUUAUGUUCCCAAUGAUCCUAUCCCUACAAAUAAAGCCAUGCUCUUACAAAUUUAUGUUGCUAUGAAGGCCAUGCCAUGGUUUGGCUUUUCACCCUCUGGAUGGAAUACUGCAGGCAGUACCUCAUGUUAUAGCACUCUUCAUUGUUCCAACUCAUUUUACAACUCAUGUUGGACUCUUUUUCCUUGAGGCCAUCUGGAUGGCAAACAUUCAUGAUUGCAUCCAUGGCAAAAUAUGGCCUGCGAUGGGUGCUGGCUACCACACAAUUCACCACACUACAUAUUGCCAUAAUUAUGGCCAUUAUACCAUUUGGAUGGAUUGGAUGCAUGGAACCCUACGUGACCCUAUUGAUGAUGAAGUCAAGAAGGUGAUGUAAUUGUCUUUGUGCUCAUCUUCACAUUUCCUGGUUUUCUUUUAGAAGUUUUCCUUCUUUUUCUUGUUAGUUUGUUGGUGAGGUCUGCAUGUUAAUUGCUUCUGAGAUAUGUGGUCCUUGCCUGUACAUUGUGUUGGUCAUAGUUUUUAAACCUUCUUGGACUAGAAACCUAGUAUUGCAUAAGCUGUUUAGGUGUUUAUGGGAGCCUGGGAUCUCCUGCAUGUUUUAAUGUGUUAUUAGUCCUUAGCCUUUGUAGCCCAAAUGGAUCAGUGUAAUAAACUUUUGUACAAUUUGUGGGGCACAAUCUAAAUGGAAUGUUUUUCUCCUAAUUGGAGAUAUGUUAUCCUACAAAAGUGUGCUUUGGCAAUGCGUCUUUUAUCUAUGUUGCAUCUCUCACAACAUUUGAGUUAAGAAAGGAAAAUGCAUGAAAGUUAGAAGUAUUUACUUGAAUGGACAUGUCAAUUAGGAAAAAUAUGCUUGUGAAGUUUAAAAAUUCUAUUGCCAGCGCCCCUACAUGUAUGGAUGAGGUGAUUUGGUUGGAUAUUUUGUAAAUAUUUGAAGGCUGUUUCAAUUGGUAGAUUUUUCAUUGAUGGCUCUCAAUCAUCAUGGUUGAUCACCUUUGUCCCA